AUGUCAGACAACAUAGGCCGUAUCAUUUCGCCCGAGUAUGCCGGACCAGCAUUCUACGCCUCCCCAUCAGCAUCCUCCUUGCCCAUCCCCGAGUUUAGCAAGCGCUCUUCAACCGCCCUCGGUGUUUCAUCCGAUUCAGAUCAAUCAAGCAAAUCCAGUACCAGAAGCAAAUCCGUUUCCUUCACCUCAGACACCAAAUCCAAUGACGGCAAAAGAGCCAUAUCGGCUACCAAGGAGCAGGACAAGUCCAUCGACAUGAAAUCCAAGACUGCACUCGCGGCAUCCGCCCAACGAAGUGCAGCAUUCGAGAAGCUUGCCAAGCGAGUCGGAGAAGACAACGAAGCUCAAGCGAAACGUGAGACGGCACAGCACCAGGCAUCAGAGAUCCUCGAGCUCCGACAACGUCAACAAGUCAUCAUCGACCGCAUCAUGCGAAGAUCCGCCAAGGUUACCAUCCGAUAUACACCCCAGGAGAUAAUUGACAUCCGGAACCAGAAGCCCACUAUUCCCGCCAAUGUGCAGCGCCAGGCACAAGAAAUGCAGCAGAUGUGGAUGGACCAACAAGUCCAAACAAUUUCGCGGCAGGCGGCAGAGCAUCUGGUGAUGCUAGAGCGAAGUACAAAUCACCUGCUGCAGCUCGCGACCAAAAGGCUAGAACAAAAUCUAGCCAAACAACAGGAGAUCUUGCAGCAAAGGCUCGACGAAAUCAACGAGGAGAUCAAACGAGAGGAAGGAAACCUAGCCGACGACGAACUAGGCCUGACCAGCAGCAGCGAUGAUGAAACUACCCUGAUUGACUCCGUGAUAGACAGGGACGAGUAUCAAUACCAGGAGGUUAUCGUCCCCAGCAAUCGCAGGCUCGCCGCGAAUUCUCCGGAGACCAUUUUCGAGGAGUCUGAGGAGACUGCAGUCGAAGAUAGUACUGAUGCUGACCAGAAGGCGCCGGAGAUUGAGCAGACCGGGAAGGCUGAAGAAUGA